AUGGGAAAAAAAGUUAAGUUACUGUUAUUCUUUAAAAUUUAUAGUUUCAUCUUUUUAAGUUGGAUAUGUUAUUUUCAUAAUUAUAGGUUCGAGAUGAUUCGUUUAAAUAAUGCAUUUUUUUUUUUUUUUUUGCUUUUUCAGGGUAUGCAUAACAAAAUUUUGGCUGAAUGCUAUAGAAAUCAUCAAAAAUUAUAUGCACGAAAUUAUCAAUUACUGGCAAAAUAUAAGACGGAUAAGGCUUCAAGUAUUGUAUGUUUAAAAGAAGGGAUACCAAAUGGAGUAAACGAUGAAAAAGAUAUAUAUAAUAAUGAUAAAUGGGCAACAGAAAAAAGGAAAUUAUCAAAUGGAAAUUUAUCACAAGGUGCAAGAGUCCACAAAAAAGAUAUAAUAAAUAAAUCUUGUAUAUUUGAAACAAAAAAAUAUUCCUAUAUAGAAAGAAAAAUAUUCAAGGAACUUGAUUAUGAGAAUUUUGUUAAAAACAAUAGGGCAAUCAGUAAUAAAGUUUACAAAAAAAUAAUACGAAAAAAAUUGGGAUCACUACUGAGGUCACCAAUUCUCUUUUUGUUUUUUUUGUUAUCAAUAGGACUUAUAUUAGAUGUAUCUGCAAAUUGUGGGUUUAUAUAUGGGAUUACCAAGUUAUUGAACUUAUUUGUAAGUGGCUGGUUCCGUACCUUAUAUGAAACAUUGAGUUCGUCUUAUAUAAAAUGGAUGUUCCAGCCUAUGGAAAAAACACCAAAUCUUCUAAAAAAGCUUCAAAAAGUUCAGGGAAUAUUUAAAGAUGCUGGGAAGGAAGCAGGAUAUAAUUAUGCGCCGGUUUUUUUUGGUUAUCUAAUCUAUGUUAUACCUUUUAUUAUAUUAGGUAUCACACUUAUAUUAGGAGUUUAUUAUUACCAUAAAAAAGUUAAAAAAUAUGAAAAAAUUAAAUUAAGGAAAGUAUAA